AAACCAAAAAAAAAAUAAGGAACAAAUAAUUAAAACAAGAGCCAGUCAAUUCUUUUUACAACGCAGACGCUUCGUACUCUCUUGACGGUAUUGAGUUGAGUCUUUAGUCUCGAAGUCGACUAUACGGAGAUGACAAAUACCCUACAGAAUUGGUUUUUUGUUUAUAGAUAAUUAAAUACUCUCUCCCGCCACUUCACCAACUCAAACUUUAGAGCAAUUAACUGGGUAUUGUGAUUUUUAUUUUUACAAACUUUACUCAGUUAUGCAUUGGAUAUUCUUCCAUCAGCCCGUAAUCACUCAGGAUGUAGACGAGGAAAUUUCAUCAAAUGAUUCUGAGGUUUUUAAAAAUUUAUCACGCACCAAAAAUCGUUUACUCAAAUCUAUCUCGCCGUACAAACUCAAUGACGAGGACUUUGUCGAAUUGGCUCCGCUCUUGCCGUUCUUAGUGAUCUUGACCAUACUCUUUCUUCUUCUCUUGGCUGUCAGUUUUCAACGUUGGCCUGGUCUUGUGGCGGGUAUUAUAGCCGGUUGUUUAACAUCGACAACAAUUUACUUAAUAAUGAGUACACUUUCUGGUGAUAUUCCACUGUACGAGUAGGAGGACUUGAUGGCUUGACCAUAGCCUCGGUGGCGCAGUAGGCAGCGCGUAAGUCUCAUAAUCUUAAGGUCGUGAGUUCGAGCCUCACCCGGGGCAUUAUUAUUUUGUUUGUAUUAUAAUUAGUUUUGACUUAUUAGUUAGUUUUUAGAAAUAGUUUAAUUUAAGUUUAAUAAUUUU